AUGGGCGAACAACCAACCACCAAUGGCACCUGGCCUUCCUCUCAAUUUAUCUCCCAUCUCAUCUCUUAUCCCUUCAUUGCAGACUCUCUUGAGUCUCUGAAGAAAUCCCCCUACGGCCAAAAGUCCCUGGAGUACGCCGACAAGAGCUUCUCCCAACUCGAGCCAAUCUUCCCCUACUUUGCUAAACCAUAUGGCUUCGUGGCUCCAUACGUUGAGAAGGCUGAUCACUUGGGCAACGAAGGCCUGAACCAGGUCGACAACACCUACCCGAAGCUUGUCAAGGCCACCGAAGAGGUCAGAGAAACCGUGCAUAACUACUUCCGUAUUGCUGAGGAUGGCACCAAAUACGUUCGAUCUACCUAUGACUCUGAGUGCAAGUUGGCUCAGGGUAGUCCAAUGGUGUCUCAUGGCAAGGCUGCCGUCUCUACCGGAUUGAUGGUCACAUCUCACUCCUUGCUUUGGCUCAGAAACUUGCUCGUUCCACACAAGCAGGAGGCACAAGAGAAUGGCAAUGGCACCGCCAAGUCUUCCAACUAA